CCAAAGAUUGUUCCAGAUAACAGGAGAAGGGGCGGAACGAAGCAGGCUUGUCUUGUGGCGAACAGCAUGGCGCACUCGUCGAGGCUCACCUUGUCUGCGUCCGCCGCGAGGGCGGCCGCUGCCGUGGUCGACGACGACGACAAUCUCGACGAGGAGCCCGGUGAGGAGAUCGAGUCCGCGCCGCCGCUCCGGGUCGGCGAGGAGAGGGAGAUCGGAGGCGCCGGCCUCAGGAAGAAGCUUCUCAGGCCCGGCCGCGGCUGGGAGACCCCCGUCCUCGGCGACGAAGUUACAGUUCAUUAUGAGGGUAGAUUGCUGGAUGGACGCAAGUUCGAGUCCACUCGGGACCGAGGGGAGCCUCUCACUUUUGAGCUGGGCGGUGAACAAGGCAUUGCUGGCUUGGAUCAAGGAAUAAUUACCAUGAAAAGGGGGGAAUUGGCACUAUUUACAUUGCCUUGUUCUUCUGGUUAUCGACAUGCUGCUGCUCAAGGUGUUCCUCCUGAUGCUGAUAUGCAGUUUGAGGUAGAACUACUAUCAUGGCUAACAGUCAUGGACAUUUGCAAGGAUGGUGGAAUAGUUAAGAAAGUUUUAUCAGGUGGGGAUGAUAGGCAAACAGGAGAUUUGGAUGAAGUUACAGUCAAGUAUCAAGUCAGGCUGCUUGAUGGCACGAUUGUUGCAGAAACUCCUGAAGGAGGAUUUGAGUUUUGUGUUAAUCAAGGGCAUUUGUGUCCAGCAUUACCCAAGAUUGUGAAUACCAUGAGAAGAGGGGAGAAGGCUUUUGUCACCAUUCAACCACAAUAUGCAUUUGGAGAAGCGGGGAGAGAAGCUAUUAAUGGAUUACCUGCUAUUCCGUCAAAUGCCGUGUUGAAUAUUGAAGUUGAGUUAGUAUCUUUGAAGCCUGUUGUUGAUGUUACUGGUGAUAUGAAGGUAUUGAAGAAGAUUCUGAGAGCAGGCGAAGGUCUCCGUACACCGAACAGCGGGGAGACCGUUUGUGUUAGGUAUACUGCCAUGUUCAAAGGUGGCACUACUUUUGAGAAAGUAGGCUUUGAUGGAGAAAGUUUUCAAUUUAUAAUUGAUGAAGAACAGGUUAUUGCUGGUUUAGAUCGUGCUGUAUCAACAAUGUUGAAGGGUGAACUAUCUGAACUGACUAUAGAACCGGAGUAUGCAUUUGGAAAUGACGAAGCUAAGCGGGAUGUAACCAUAAUUCCUUCAAGUUCAACUUUGAUAUAUGUGGUGGAGUUGUUAGACUUUACAAAGGAAAAAGACAUACGGGAGAUGACUGGUCUUGAGAAGAUACAAGCUGCUGAAGGCACAAAAAGUUCAGGCAAUGAUCUUUUCAAGAACGGGAAGUUUGAACGAGCUGCAAAGAAGUAUGAUAAGGCUGCUAGGUAUAUUGAUGGUGAAGGAACAUUUGAGGAUAAUGAGGAAAAGCUAGUGAAAUCUCUGAGAAUCUCGUGCUGGUUGAAUUCUGCAGCAUGUUGCCUAAAACUGAAGGACUUUCAGGGAGCUAUUCGGUUAUGUUCACAGGUACUAGAUAAUGAGUUCUGCAACGUGAAGGCACUGUACAGGCGAGCACAAGCUUAUAUUGAAGCUGCUGAUCUGGAUUUAGCUAAGUUGGAUAUUCAGAAGGCAUUAGAGCUCGACCCAAAGAACAAGGAGAUGAAGUCACUACAGAUGACAUUGAAACAGCUUCAAGCAGAGAAGAAUAGAAGAGAUGCAAAGUUGUACGCAAACAUGUUCCAAUGGACAAGAAAAGAUGCAGAUGUGAUGGUGAAGAAGCUGAAGGUUGGGAAGCCACAAGGUGAUGAGAGGGAGGGGAGCGCCGAAGUGGAGGCAUCCAAUCUGGAGAACUACAUGAGAUGUGAGCGCAAAGUGGCAGAGAAAGAAGUAAAAUGUGACAGGGAAACACAGGCGAUGGAGGUGGUGGAUGCUACUUGUGCCGGUGACAGGGAGAUGGCAGAUUCCGUGGGGAGGUGAACAGCCUGCGGCAAUCUUGGAGGACGCUGAUGAUGGUCUAAUAUUGGUCCCUGGGGGUGGAAGAGAACCCGCCGAAAACUCACCUCGGACCAGGAACUUAUCCUCCCAUGCAGGGUUCCUUAGAUACGUUGGUUAAGUUUUGGUAUUCCUCAUAGAAACCGUACCGUAUUUUUACAUGGUGCAUCCGCGCUACUUAUUCAUCAUGUCCUCCUUUUCAGACGGACAUUGCAAAAUGCGAUCUUCACAUGGCUCAUCAA